GGGCAUCCUUCCCAUUCAACACAGAAGUGCUCUCCUUGCUCUCACACACUCCUCUAACAAGCUGAACAUCUUUUUUCAAGAUGACUGCAGGGUUGUGUGUAUGUGUUGUACUGGCAGUCCUAUGUACAAGCUGUUUGGGUCUCCCCCUAACCCAGCCCCUAGAUGAGGGCCAGCAGCGCUCCAUCUCUGCUCCGUCUGAAGCUCUACUUGAGGCUGACACCCACACCUUGGGAGAACCCCACCUCCGACACAGCCGCUCUGCCUCACAGCUCAAAGCUCCCCCUGCGACUGAGGAGGAUGGAGACUCGCGAGCCAACCUCAGUGAGCUGCUGGCAAGACUCAUCUCCUCCAGGAAAGGUUCUGUGCGUAGAAACUCCACAGUGAACAGCAGAGGCAGUGCCAACCACCGGAUAGCGGACAGGGAUUACAUGGGCUGGCUGGACUUCGGCCGCCGCAGCGCAGAGGAAUACGAAUACUCCUCAUAAAAAGAAACCAUGGGGCUCUUACCCUAUCUGUGAGAAAAUGAUUAAAAACAACCAACCCCACGCAAGCUGACUCCUCAUUGUCUCACAAUAAAAGUUUAUUUAUGAUGUAUUUGUUGUACAUUUGUUUGUAAAACUGUAAUAAUGCAAUAUACAUAUGCCAAAUUUAGCAGAAAAGCUCUCACUGUCCAUGGUUUGUUUGUUUCUGGUUUCUUUAUUAUUUUCAGUGGAAAGGAUUGGGAUGAUGUCAGGGUCUGUGGACACUAACUGGACUGAAUAAAGAUUGAAAAUCUCA